AUGGAUACUAUUGCUCAGGAUGUAGAUGGGUUUAAACUAUGGUACUCAGGAGGCGGAAGUAGCAGGUAUGGGGUAGAUACUUUGGUUGAUAGGGAACUUAGGGAGCUAGUGGUAGAUGUGAGACGGGUGAACGAUAGACUAAUGUGUAUUAAGCAAGUUGUUGGAGGGUGGAAUGUUCAUGUUAUUAGUGCUUAUGCACCUCAAGUGGGCUUGGAUGAGGAGGUUAAAAGAAACAAAGGAGGUACCUCACUUUUGGAUUUCGCUAAAGCAUUUGCUUUGGUUAUAGCUAACUCGUGUUUCCACAAAAGGGAGGAGCAUUUGGUCACCUUUCAUAGUAUGGUAGCCAAGACCCAGAUUGACUAUCUGCUCCUCAUAAAAUGCGAUAUAGGUUUAUGCUCAGAUUACAAGGUUAUCCCGAGCGAGAACAUAGUGGCCCAACAUAGGCACUUGGUUAUGGAUUUCGGAGAUUAA